AUGACAGGUGUAGGCCCUCAACUCCCGCCUGAGCUGCAAAAACGCAAGCGCAGUGCUGACGACGGCGGUAGCAACAGCGAUUCAGACUCGGCCGACUCUGCUGGCCCUCUGCCCGCCCGUCCUACACAAGCACCACAAGAUCUUCUUUCACCCAAACGAAGUCGAGUUAUAGGCCCCACUCUCCCUCCAGCACCUCUAGAUGAACGACCCUCGAGCCCUGCGCAAAAGGAGUCAAGUGACAGUGAGAGCAGCGACGACGAUGGAUUUGGACCAAGUCUACCGUCCGCAAAAGAUGCACUGAAGAAGGCCUCCGUUGGCCCAUCGCUAGGUCCAUCCUCAAAUCGUCCCCCGCCUGCGCCCGUCAAACGUGAUGAAUGGAUGACGCUUGCGCCCGAGGGUGGUGACUGGUCGCAGAGAGUGGACCCUACCAAGAUAAAGAAUCGCAAGUUCAACACUGGUCGAGGAGCUAAAGCACCUGCGCACGCUGGAGCCGCUGGUGGUGACUCAUGGCACGAGACGCCAGAGGAGAAGCUCGCAAGGCUACAGCGAGAAGCGAUGGGCGUGGACGAGAGGUCAAGUUCGGGCAAGUCGGCACAACCGAAGGAUCGUCAGGAUGAUGCAGUUGCCAAAAGAAUGAAAGACUAUAAUGAAAAAGCGAGAGGCCCAGCUCUUUACGACUCUCAUCAAAAGUCAAAAACAAAGGAAGAGGAUGAUGAUCCAAGUACCCGUGCCUUUGAUCGAGAAAAGGAUAUUGGAGGUUUCAAGAUCAAUAACACCCAGAGGAGGGACAUGGUCAAGAAGGCUGCCGAUUUCUCCUCCCGAUUCAGCAGCGCCAAAUACUUAUGA